AUGGCUUCUAUGAUAGAGGUCAUGCUAGGGAUGAAACAACUAAUGGAGAGUAACGCGGCAACCGCCGCUAUCGCUAGCACGGCUGUAGAGGCAGACCCGGCUCUCUCGACUGCUGUGUACCAUCCCGUUCCAAACAUGGUGGGACGAGAGAGAAGCACACCGAGGCAUAUCAACAACCUCCAUCCGAGGUACAACCGAGGUGCUUACCCCUACGGUUUACCACCCAACUACACACCACCAGCCAUGCAUGAAGAUGUGGAUCACGUUUCCCCCCUCAUCCUCGAAGGGGAGCCUCCUCGACAUCCUGACACGAUCCACGAGAAUCCUCGAGAGCGCGCUCAGGGAGACGUCGACUCCUACUCCCCGUUUCCUACUAAGGGGCCGGUGCCCAACGCACUACCUCAACCCAACAUCACGGGAGAGCCUCGAAACCACCCAACACAACCAAUGUUUCUAUCCGUGGGAGGGCCACCCCCGAUAGUGGAAGGAAAAGGGAAACUCGAUCUCAUCGAAGAGAGAUUGAGGGCUAUUGAAGGAUUUGGCGAUUAUCCGUUCGCAGACAUGACCAACCUGUGCCUAGUGUCGGACGUCGUCAUCCCUCCGAAGUUCAAGGUAUCUGACUUCGAUAGGUACAAAGGGACGACUUGUCCUAAGAAUCACCUAAAAAUGUACUGUCGAAAGAUGGGUGCAUAUUCCAGGGACGAGAAGUUAUUGAUGCAUUUCUUUCAAGAUAGUUUAGCUGGGGCAACAGUCAUCUCGUACACUAACCUAGAAGCUUCCCACAUCCGCACUUGGAAGGAUCUGAUUACGACCUUCCUUAGGCAGUAUCAGUACAACUCUGACAUGGCUCCCGAUCGAACUCAACUAUAA